AUGAAUACGGAAGGAAAUCAAACAUUGAUGUCGUGUUCAGGAGUAAAAGCGCCGGAUGUUCUCCUUGUGAUGAUCGGUUUUGCAGCGGCAGUUCUGAACGUUUUGCUACUUUUAGUAAUGUACAAUGAACGCAAAAGGUUCUUUCGAACCAGAGUGUCAUUUCUAAUCGCUAACCUGGCUCUCGCCGACUGUCUAACAGGAAUGAUGUUGGUACUAGUCAUGGUUUUAAAAUUUGCUCAAAAAGACAAAACUUUGCAUGGUUUUCAGUUUCUUUUUUUAUGUGGAAGCAUUCAGUUGUCAUUCUAUACAUUAAUAUUCAUGUCUGUGGAUCGCCUAAUCGUGGCCAUAAAACCAAUGACGUGGUCAAACAUUCUCACGAAGAGAAAGACGAUUAUUGGAAUCAUUCUGAUAUGGGGCUUUGCAAUAGUUGGCAGUGUAGUUAUGAAAUACGCGACCACUAGACGUCUUUUGUUUCUGCUGUUUCUGGAAAUAAUUGUCCUUUCCUUCAUAUUCAUCCAUAUAGUCAUAUUUCUCGUGUUACGUCGACAAAGACGUAGUCUGAGUAACUCCGGCAGUUCAGCGGAUGUAUCUCAUGUGAUGGAUUUAUCUUUACAAGCAUGCCAUGCCCACAUCACCUCGAUUGUCCUCACUCUAAUGUUGGUUUUGAUCGUUACCUACAUGCCGUAUAUCGUCUUUUCCAACAUCAUUUUUGCUCGACAAGGAAGUGGAAUGUCACUUCUCGUGUACGACAGUGGUUUUCGUUAUGCACAAGCAUUUUCCUAUCUCAACUAUGCUGCAAAUCCUGUUGUUUACGCCUGGAGACUACGCGUGUAUCGCAGAGCCUUUUCUCGAUGAUUCUUAAAUUAACAUUGUAAAAUACUCCAGCUUGCGUAAUGGCAUAAGCGCAGCUGUAAAAUAUCCACCUAGGCACGUAUCAAAAACGCAGCAGCAGUUCAUUUGUUUCGCUCGACAUAUCUAUUAGUUUGCAAGACGUUGAAACAUUGAAUGAUUCCUUGUUGGCAAGAAUUGAUGUUCUGCCAAGGUCGACUCAAGCACUCAUCCAACCUUUCUACGCAGGCUAUCAACUGCGGCAGAGCUGCUUUAUCAUCACCUUCGAUCAUUUUAUCGAUGCCAACCUUUAAACAAGCACCGGCAUCGUCGAUCUCUUUCAAUCUUGCAGCAACGUCCAUUUCUUCUUUGCAAAAGGGGCAUUUGUAACGGAUUCGUUCACGUGAAACAACACGACGAUGACAUCGUCUGCAUUUCAAAAUGGGUACCAGACACUCCAAGUCGGCGUACAACGGCCAGGCUUCGAUACAAGCGGGACAGGAACAAGUGAAAUAGUACUGCUUUUUCAGUUCAGCCUGUCGUUCGGCAAGAGGAGUGACGGCUGAUACGUAACCAUAGUUAUCAAAAACUUCGUCACCUUUACGGACAGUUUGGAUUGCCCGCAUCACGCAUGUAUCCCCGUAGAAAUUGCGGGUCACACAGGGAUCACAUGAAUGGUUGAAGAGACUGAAUGUCGGAUAGAUAGCGGCAGCAAUUUCGAUGGUGUGAGAAUUGACCAAAUCUUUUUCUUUUUGAAUAAAUUCGGAUAUUUCGUGGGCAUUGCAGGGUAAAACCUGGAGCAUGCGCAGUAUGUGACUAGCAGCAAAAAGUACAUCGAAGUCAUCCUUUUGUUUAGUGGUGGGUGAACCAAAAUACCCAGAAGACGCUAGACAUUUGACCAGUAAAACAGCCAAAACUGAUCUACGAAACAGAUCACUUGUUGAACGAUCUUCAGUGUGGGCAACAAGAUUGUACACUUCAAAAUAACUAUUACCGUACGCAGGUUUUGUGAAUGAGCCAUCGCCUGAUAACUGUUCUUCAGGACGUUUAUCGUUUUUGAAUUUCUUUAACACCGGCCACGUCGUCUUCGUCAUGACACGAAGAGCGAGAAAGCCAAACUUUUCGACACCGCAAUUGGACAAGAAGUCAAGAUACUUGCACUCGUACUUGUGAUAAAGCCAGGCUGCUCUCUCGCAUGUCCGACUGCAGAAUGCGACUCGAGCACACUGACGACAUGGAAAUGAAGACAGCAGUCGCUUCAAACAAUGCUGACAGUGCGUCAAAUAGUUUUCACACAAAAGUACGGAUGCAUAAGGCUUCUCUAUGGCAACAACAUCACCAACUUUUAUUUCUUCUACUGCUUUGACCUGACGACCUUUCUCAUCAUCUGACGUCACCUCAACUUUGGAUGACAGACAAGGAAAAGUCUCAUUUUUAUCUCCUGUCACAGCAACCCCUAUUGUGCAGUCAAUGCGCUGUUCAAUAUUGUCACUAUGUUCGUCUUGCUGUUUCAAUACUUCUUUACUCCUAGUCAUCCACAUUUCCAAGGUUUUGCAAUGCCCAUUGUACUUUUCUUUUGAAAGAUUGGACAUUGAAAGCAGCUCGUGAGCUUUGUUAAAGUUCUCAAAGGCUUUCAAUGGUUCAUGCAUGAAGAAGUGACAUUUUCCUUGCCUUUCAAACAGUUUAUACUUUAAAGUGUUCGGAUAACCAUAAGCUAAUGCCAGAUUGAUAUCAAGCAGGCAUUGACUGUAUUGUUUCAUGUGGAUCAAGACAGCUGACCGAUUUGCCACUGCCAUGGAGAAUUCUGGCUCAUCUCCACACAGUGGAGCAAAAUUCACACUUUUGUUGUACAAGAUUAAAGCAUCUGAAAAUUUUUUGAGCUGAAACUUCUUGUUUCCAUCAUUCCUUGAUGAUACCGACUUUGUUUUACACUUGCCUUGAAACUUUUCCUUAAUCACAACUGCACUUUGAACACAGUCAAGUUGCCAAGUAAAGGAAACACGUUCGAGAUCUAAUUGAAGACUGGAGAACUGUUCUGACAUUUGGAUCAGUUGUCCUUCUUCCUUAAGUCUUCUAUAAAUAAUGCCAUACCACUCUUCCAUCAAACACUCCUCACUUUGGCUAUUUUUCCGGGAAAUCGUUAAACGUGGGACAAAUUCUAAAUAUGAAAGUAAUUACAAAAAUAUACGCUAUGUAACUAAUUCAAAUGAUAUUAAAUUGUAUUAACGUCUUUCAACAUGGGAUAAAUUCUAAAUAUGAAAGUCACUACUAAAAUAUACGCCAUGUAACUAAUUCAAAUGAUAUUAAAUUGUAUUAACGUUUUUCAACAUGGGAUAAAUUCUAAAUAUGAAAGUCACAACUAAAAUAUACGCUAUGUAACUAAUUCAAAUGAUAUUAAAUUGUAUUAACGUCUUUCAACAUGGGAUAAAUUCUAAAUAUGAAAGUCACUACUAAAAUAUACGCCAUGUAACUAAUUCAAAUGAUAUUAAAUUGUAUUAAUAAAUACGAUAUCGUGUCGAA